CUCAUCAGUGGCCCCCCCUGCCCCCGCCCCUGUCAGGGCAUCGGAAGGGCAGGUGGAGCCGAUGGCAUCGAUCGCAGUAACUUGAUCCCGCGGGGGAGGCGGAACACAGCCUUCCACGCACUGCUCCAUUCCGCUCCGCACCACCACCGCGGCCCUGGCCGGGGGAGGAAGCUGCCUGCAGCGGGGAGCUGGGCCGGGGAGAGCGGCCGGGCUGGGCCGCAGCGCUGCUGCUUCUCCCGGCCCAUCUAUUUUUAAUGAGCCGGCCGGGCCUCUGCAGCAGGCAGGCCGCAAAGAGGCAGGCCCAGGCGGUGGAGACGAGGCGGGAGACCCCCAGGCCUGCCCCGAGGCCCUGGCCCCCCACCCUUCUGGGCAUGAGAGGGCGACCCUGGGGCCCCGCAGCCCCCCAGCCGGGCUGGGCUCUCCAUGCAGCUGGUGCUGAAGAUGGAUUCAAGCCCAGACAGUGACAGCUGGUUGGAGGAUCAGUGGGAGCGCUGGCUCACGCAUGACAUUAGCUUAGAGGAGUUUGAGGAUGAAGACCUGUCGGAGAUCACCGAUGAAUGUGGUAUCAGCCUGCAAUGCAAGGACGCACUGUCCUUACGGCGGGCCAUGCCCAGGCGCACCUGUCCCCUUGCAGCGAGCGCCUCCCUGCAACUACGCCCCCAUCUCCAUCCCUGAGGGGCCCGGGUUCCCAGGCGACCUGCGUCCCCAUGGCAACAGCGGUGACCUCACUCGGUGCUUGGCUUACACCCCGGCCCCCGCGCGCAGGGCUGCUGUCUGGGGGCGUCGGCGGCAGCGCGGGCAGCCGGCUGCAGGCCGAGAUGCUGCAGAUGGACCUGAUCGACGCGGCGGGGGACACCCCGGGCGCCGAGGACGAAGAGGAGGAGGAUGAAGAGGAACGCCGCGCGGCGCUGCGGCCUGGAGCCCCGCAGCAGCCCGCGGCCGAACCCCGCCAGGAGCCAGCGCCCCGAGGCCAAGGCCAAGGCCAAGGCCAGGGCCCCGGAGGCGGGGACACCUACAGGCCCAAGCGGCCCACCACGCUCAACCUCUUCCCGCAGGUGCCACGGUCUCAGGACACGCUGAACAACAAUUCUCUGGGCAAGAAGCACAGCUGGCAGGACCGGGUGUCUCGCUCCUCGUCACCUCUGAAGACAGGGGAGCAGACCCCUCCGCACGACCACAUCUGCCUGAGCGAUGAGCUACCCCCGCAGGACAGCCCGGUGCCCACCAAGGACCGUGGCACCUCCACCGACAGCCCCUGCCGCCGCAGUGCCGCCACCCAAAUGGCGCCCCCGAGUGGCGCCCCUGCUGCCCCCUCAUCGGGCCGGGGUCACGCACACCGAGACCGCAUCCACUACCAGGCGGAUGUGCGGCUCGAGGCCACCGAGGAGAUCUACCUGACUCCAGUGCAGCGGCCCCCAGAUCCCCCGGAGCCCACCUCCGCCUUCCUGCCACCCACCGAGAGCCGCAUGUCCAUCAGCUCUGAUCCGGACCCUGCCGCCUACCCCACCACUGCUGGGCGGCCGCACCCCUCCAUCAGCGAAGAGGAUGAAGGCUUUGACUGCUUGUCGUCCCCUGAACGGCCCGAGCCGCCGGGUGGGGGCUGGCGGGGAAGCCUGGGUGAGCCGCCCCCACCACCCCGGGCCUCGCUGAGCUCGGACACCAGCGCCUUGUCCUAUGACUCGGUCAAGUACACACUGGUGGUGGACGAGCAUGCGCAGCUGGAGUUGGUGAGCCUGCGGCCAUGCUUCGGAGACUACAGCGAUGAGAGUGACUCGGCCACUGUCUAUGACAACUGCGCCUCGGCCUCGUCGCCCUACGAGUCGGCCAUCGGGGAAGAAUAUGAAGAGGCCCCUCGGCCGAGGCCCUCUGCCUGCCUGUCCGAGGACUCCACACCCGAUGAGCCUGACGUGCACUUCUCCAAGAAGUUCCUCAAUGUCUUUAUGAGCGGCCGCUCACGCUCCUCCAGUGCCGAGUCUUUUGGGCUCUUCUCCUGUAUCAUCAAUGGGCUGGAGCAGGAGCAGACCCACCGGGCCAUCUUCAGGUUUGUGCCUCGGCAUGAGGAUGAACUGGAGCUGGAAGUAGAUGACCCCCUGCUGGUGGAGCUGCAGGCCGAGGACUAUUGGUAUGAGGCCUACAACAUGCGCACUGGCGCACGGGGCAUCUUUCCCGCCUACUAUGCCAUCGAGGUCACCAAGGAGCCCGAACACAUGGCAGCCCUGACCAAAAACAGCGACUGGGUGGACCAGUUCCGGGUGAAGUUCCUGGGUUCAGUCCAGGUGCCCUACCACAAGGGCAAUGAUGUCCUUUGUGCCGCUAUGCAAAAGAUCGCCACCACCCGUCGGCUCACCGUGCACUUUAACCCGCCCUCCAGCUGCAUCCUAGAGAUCAGCGUGCGAGGGGUGAAGAUCUGCGUCAGGGCCGAGGACGCCCAGGAGGCCCAGGGUAAUAAAUGUAGCCACUUUUUCCAGCUGAAGAACAUCUCUUUCUGCGGAUACCAUCCAAAGAACAACAAGUACUUCGGGUUCAUCACCAAGCACCCCGCCGACCACCGGUUUGCCUGCCAUGUCUUCGUGGCGGAGGAGUCCACCAAAGCUCUGGCAGAAUCUGUGGGGAGAGCCUUUCAGCAGUUUUACAAGCAGUUUGUGGAAUACACCUGCCCCACGGAGGACAUCUACCUGGAGUAGGGGUGUGGCCUACCUUCGCUCCCGCCCCUGGGCCCUGCACCUGAAAGACGGGUGCUGCUGGAGGUGCAGAAGAGGCACCCGCGACCACCAUGGGCGGGAAAAUGGAAGCCACUGGCUGCGGGUGGGGGAGGGCGGGUGAGGGGAGAGGCACAUGCAAUUUAUUGUAACAUACGGGAGUAGAUUUGUCUAUGGAGGACAGAGCGGGCUGCUCGGGACCGAGGAGGGUAGAGCCAGUGGGGUGGGGCUGUGAGCCAUGAUGGACGCACCCGUCUGAACCGCUUAGGGGUCUGCCCUGUCCUGGGCCUUGGGCUUUCUGGCUAUUGCCUCCUGCCCUGAAGCCGCCUCAACAUGUCACCAAGGGUGCCCCCAUCCUGCCCCUAACUCCCAGUCUCACCCCAAGAGGUCCCAGGCUCAGGGUAAGCCCAAUCCACCUCCUCCCCAUCCCCUGGCCUUUGCCAGAAGGAAAGAGCAGCAGGUGGAGGCCCAGGCCUGGUUCCCAGCUCUGGCUUUCCUUUGCCUGCUGGGGGGCCCCCUGCAGCCCCACUGGCAUGCUGGCCCUGGCAGGUGCGGCCUCAUGGGGAGGGCGGGUGCGCUGCAGGCCCUGCCUGACAGGAAAAGGCAGCUUUAGGACUGGCCCAGGCCCCAUCUUGGUCCCGCCCCAUGGUGACAGCUAUUAAAGUGCCAUUUCCUGUCUGGA